UUAAUUUAGAUAAUUGAUAUUUACCACAUUAUUGGGCUUUCCCCGGCCCAGCUUCAAAUAGCCCAGCCCAUGCCUUAAUGACGUUGGCUGAGGUUGCAAUGGCUUGUCUUCUAUCUCUCUCCUUACUAAAACCCCACAAAACCCAAAACCCUAAUAACCUACACAGUUAAACCCUAGAAAAUCUCUGCUCACAACAAUCCUUCUACAGAAAGCUCAGUCAUGGCCGCCGUCGAGGUUCGCUCCGAGAAGAAGAAGAAGAAGAAAGAUGAGGCACAAGACACGCCCUUUAAACCAGUCGACGGUGAAUUGGCUCAGAAGGACACCGAUUUCAUGAUCAAACCACAGAGCUACACUCCCACCAUCGACACAUCUCAGUGGCCAAUCCUUCUCAAGAACUACGAUCGUCUCAAUGUACGAACCGGACACUACACUCCUCUUCCCUCCGGUUACUCCCCGCUCAAACGCCCACUCGCCGAGUACAUAAGGUACGGUAUUAUGAACCUUGAUAAACCCUCUAACCCAUCUUCUCACGAGGUCGUGGCUUGGAUUAAGCGGAUCCUUCGUGUGGAGAAAACGGGUCACAGUGGUACCUUGGAUCCCAAGGUCACCGGAAACCUUAUUGUCUGUAUUGACAGAGCCACAAGGCUUGUCAAGUCUCAGCAAGGUGCCGGGAAAGAGUAUGUUUGUAUUGCUAGGUUGCAUUCUGCGGUGUCCGAUGUCGCGAAAGUGGCUCGGGCACUCGAAACCCUUUCUGGGGCUGUGUUUCAGAGACCACCCCUGAUUUCUGCUGUGAAAAGACAGCUUAGGAUUAGGACUAUUUAUGAAAGUAAGUUACUUGAGUUUGAUGCAGAGAAGCAUUUGGUUGUUUUUUGGAUUUCUUGUGAGGCUGGAACUUAUGUUAGGACUCUUUGUGUUCAUUUGGGUCUGAUUCUUGGUGUUGGAGCACAUAUGCAGGAGCUUAGGAGAGUUAGGUCUGGGAUUCUUGGUGAGAAAGAUAACAUGGUUACUAUGCAUGAUGUUAUGGAUGCUCAAUGGGCUUAUGAUAAUUAUAGAGAUGAGAGUUACUUGAGGAGGGUGAUAAUGCCACUUGAAGUGAUUUUGACUAGUUACAAGAGAUUGGUGGUGAAGGAUUCUGCUGUAAAUGCCAUUUGUUAUGGUGCUAAGUUGAUGAUUCCUGGGUUGUUGAGGUUUGAGAAUGAAAUUGAGGCUGGUGAGGAAGUUGUUCUUAUGACAACUAAAGGAGAAGCGAUUGCUUUGGGGAUUGCUGAGAUGACUACUGCUGUUAUGGCUACUUGUGAUCAUGGUGUGGUGGCUAGGAUUAAGAGGGUUGUGAUGGAUCGCGAUACUUAUCCGAGAAAGUGGGGUCUUGGUCCGAGAGCAUCGAUGAAGAAGAAGUUGAUUGCUGAUGGGAAACUCGAUAAGCAUGGGAAGCCUAAUGAUAAUACACCUCAAGAAUGGGCUAGGAAUUUGAUUUUACCUACUGGCGGGGAUUCGAUGGUGGCAGGCCUUGCAGCAGCUCCAAGUGAACCCACCACUGUUGCGGAGAAGCAGACUUCUUCAGUAGUUGGUGAAGAGAAAAAGAAGAAAAAGAAGAAUAAGGAUAAGGAUAAUGAAGAUGAUGGCGGACUCAAGAGAAAAUUUGAUGCAGUGGCGGACGAAGUUUCUGAGGGCAAAGAGAGUAGUAAGAAGAAGAAGAAGAAGAAGGAUAAAGAGAAUGGGCAUGUGGAUGACGAUGAGGUCAAGGAGGAAGCUGCCUCACCCGAAACAGAGAAAUAUGAGAAAAAGAAAAAGAAAAAGAAGAACAAAGAAGCUGAGGAGGAUGCUAUUGCUGCUGCUCAAUCUCCCAAAGUCAGUGGCGAUGAUGACAAAGUUGAUAGCGAGGCUGAUAAGAGUGAAAAGAAAAAGAAGAAGAAAAAGAAGAAUAAAGAAGAAGCAGAAGAAUAAAGAUGCGGAAGAAUGUUAGUUUAAAGUAUUAGUAUGUUCUGUUUUUGUUGUAUCUUUAGCUUUGUUUUCUUCUGUAAUGAAUUUUUGCAUAUUUAUCUAUUAAGCAGUUUUUUGGUGGA